AUGAAACGUCAAGCUUUGGCGGCUGAAAGAAGACUUGGACAUGCUCCCCAAAAACAGAUCCCCAAGCCUGUCCUGUUGGAAUCUGACCCUCUUUUUGGCGUUCUUGGUGAGAACCAGGUUGGCUUGAAUCCCUUAACAGGUCGUCCAAGAAUUGCAGCUGAGGUUCUAGAAGGCAUGAGACAAUAUUUGUUAAUUGCUAAUGGUGAUGAUCGUAAGGUUAGAGAAGAUCGUGUGAAGAAUUCUGUUUGUGAGGCAGAAAAGAAUUUAAUCACGCAGAAAAUGGUGCUUCGUCUAGAACCUGUUCCAAUUAUCACUCGUGAUCUCAACAAAGGGAAAGGUCCAGUCUUUGGCUAUGAUUCUGAGGACUCGACUACAAAAACUGAAGUGAUCAUGCCUCGAGGUCAAAAGCUUAUGUCUGCUGCAAUUCAAGCGGAUGCUAGCUCUAGGAGAAAUUAUGGCUCCAAUCCUCUUCAAACCGAUUCUACUUCCCCAGAUUUUGGUGAUGAGUCGGUCCCUUUUCACAACAGUUCAACGGGUUAUAGGAUCGGGCACUCUGUUGCUGGGUUCUUUAGAGGGUUCAGUGGAGAAAAGGAAAGCUGA